CCGCGCCUCUCUUAAACUCACAGUGACACAGUCUCACAACACACAAAACACAAGUUUGGGCAUUAUUUACUAUCCGCGUCUCUCUGGUGACAGCGUACUAUGGGAUAUGGUUUAGUUUUACUUCAGCUUGAACGAUUGGAAGGAUUAAAUCUGCUGUGAAGACGGGAAAGAAGCGGACUUUCAGCGGCAUGCGGAGGAAUUAAGAAGCCGCUGGAUCGGAGCGUCGAAGCAGGAUCGCUCUGAAAUCCAGUCCGCGGACUGAGGCCUACAGUUCCGCAGCCGAUACAUGUUUGUGUUGAUCAGUUGACAUGAGGAGAGAUACUGGACUGAGUCAGGACGGUUUUGCUGCAGAUUUGAGACAGGCCGUCCUCCGGGCUUGAAUCCCAGCAUGACUGAGGUGCAGGCCACGGUGGAGUUCUCUGUGGAGCUCCACAAGUUCUAUAAUGUGGAUUUAUUCCAGAGAGGGUUCUAUCAGAUCCGAGCCAGUAUGAAAGUGCCGCCACGGGUACCGCAGAGGGUGGAAGCCAGUCUGCUGCAUCCCACAGGUUCAGAUCUGGCUUUUCCAGCAUCAGUUCAAGAUGAUGUCAUCUGCAGCAAAACCUUUCAGAUCCUUUACAAAAAUGAGGAGAUUGUAGUCAACGACGCCCUCGUAUUUAAAGUGAUGAUGCUGCUAGAUGUAAAGAAGGUGGAGGAGUCCCUAAAUGAAAUGGACUUUCAGCUGUCUUUGGAUCUGUUUUUCACUGAUGGCGACUACACGCCCGAUGACCCCGGUUCUCUCCAAAGCAUCAGCAGUCGAAUGCUGCGCUUGCACUUUAGCCUCCACAGAGGCAUCCACCAGCACGUCAAUGUCAUGUUUGACUACUUCCACCUGUCUGUCAUCUCUGCCACCGUCCACGCCUCACUGGUGGCCCUGCAUCAGCCUCUCAUCAGUUUCCCACGGCCAGUAAAAAGCACCUGGUUGAAUCGUAACGCUCCGGCUCAGAGCAAAGACUCUGUCAUUCCCCUGCUUGAGUCUGUGGUGUUCGGCAGCAGUUAUGUCAAACAGCUGUCACCAGAUGGGAAAAGCUUUGUGGUGUCAGAUCAGUGCCUACAGCACGCCUUCAGCCUUCACCAGAACAUGUGUGCCAGCCUGCUGCGGGCAUAUCAAGGCCUGUUCUGUUACUUAACCUCCCUGACCAAGAACCUUCCCUCAUCCCAGCGUAUGGAGUUAGCCAAGCCCAGCAUGCAGGUCCUUUAUGAGCGAGUUCUCAGAAGACCUUACCCUCCAGGCCGAAGGCACGUCUACAUAGAAGAACUUGAUGUGGAGGCCAGGCUUCAUGAUCUACGUGAACAAGUCAAGCAGAGGGUGGAGAGCCCAGAUGAGCUUGCUGAACUGGUGAACAUGAACUUGGCCCAGCUUUGCUCUCUGCUCAUGGCAUUGUGGGGGAAUUUCCUGGAAGUGGUGUCUCUAAAUGAGCGUGUUUCAAUGCUGUUGGCCCAGGAGCACCAUACACUACGGGUGCGAAGAUUUGCUGAAGCUUUCUUUUGCCUUGAGCACCCCAGACAGAGUGCGCUUGCCUACCAGGAAUUGCAUGCUCACAGUCAUCAACAGAUGACCACAGCUAUCAAGAGCUCAUCUUACUUCCUGUCCUUACCACCUCUUCCUGUUGAAUGUGCUGAUCUUGAUGGGGAUGUCAACUCCCUGCCAAUCAUCUUCGAGGAUCGAUAUUUAGAAUCCGUUACGGAAGAUCGUGACGGUCCAUGGCUUGGCCUUCACAACACCAGAAGUGUAACUGUCUCCACUAAACCAGACAAAUCAAACUCAAAGGACCCUAUUGCUGGUGGGGUAGAAGCCUUUGGUCCGUACCCAGAUAAGCAGCAGGACACCCUUGCCAACGCUUGGCCUGAACAAAAUGAACCGCCCCUCAAAUCUAAAGCCAAAUCCAUCAAAUUGAAGAAGAAUGCCAGGACCGAAAAUACCAAGAAGUUGACCAGGCAAAGCUCAAAAGACUCUGUGGUCCUCACAGGCUUCAAGAACUUGAAGGUUCCUCACAACGAACCAACCACCAAGUCCAAAGAGGUUGACACUCAAUGCAAUCAAAAAGAUGAGGAAGAUGGGGUAGGCCUAUUCAGUGACCUCAGUGGUAGACCGGGACACUUGUAUGUCCAUCAGAAUGAUACUGCAACAGCCCAUUUUGCUCAUAAUGAUAGAGACUGCACAACUAGUGACAUCAAAGGGAACAUGUCCAGUGUCCACAGGGAUAGCUUUUCUAAUCUUUUGCAUGUGCGGGUUAGGCCCCAGGCAGGUACUGGUGCGGAAGCCACGCAGGGCACAGCAGAGCACAGAGUUGAUCCGACACACGCCCCUGCCGGGCUCAAACAUAUCGAUGUCAAACCGAGCGACAAGGACCCCUACCAGGGCGAAAAGGUCACCGUUCUUCUACCACACCACAAAAAUCCGACCCCCAAGAGAGAUGUUCCAGAGAUCACACAGACUGAUUUCUCUCAAGCGUUCAAGAGUCGAUUUGGGGAUGGUUCCACGAUGGUCGUACACACUGGAGGUUGUGCGGCCGCAUUGAGGAACGACUGUGUUCCUCAAGCCUCGUCCCGUCUCUCAGACUCUGGCAUCGAGAGCGAGCCGAGCUCCGCAACACAGCUGGCCCCACUUUCCCCAUCUCCUUUUACCCCUACUGGACUCGAGCAGCCAAAAGAGCAGAUUCCACAGAGACUCCCUCCGCUUAGCCCCGCCUCCAGAGGGACCAGCACGUUGGAGGGACUCAAUCCAGAGAGCACCAGUGGAGUGAGCGGUGUCCAGUCUUCCCUCACCUCCAUCAAUUCACUUCCCUCAGAUGAUGAGGUGGAGACAGAGACCAUUAGCAGGAAGUCCAGCAUCCUGGUGCAGGAACAAAGCCUCAUCUUUUCUGGAGAAUGUCACAGCGUCCCACUUUCCAGCACUAGGACCUCAGCUCACCAAAGAGCCUCCGGAGAUGGGUUGGGAUCUCAUGACAAAGACUCCCGCUGUGAAUCCUCUGCUCCCACCCGGCAUUUGGGAUCUGCUGAGCCGGGUGAAGGAGGUGUGGCGAAUGAGGCUGGCAGCGAGCCUCAAACUGCCGCCCAGUCUAGUACGUCAGCCACCAGCAGCACAGAUCUGGUCAAGAAAGGAUUUGUGGAGAACUACUUUGGCUCGCGCUCCAGCACGGACGUAUCUGAGAUCAGCCCGCUGGAGACUGCCGCCGUUACGCUGGGGAUUCAGGCUCGCCCCGAUGCUAAUGAUGAAGAAGAGGAGGAUGAGGAACAGGAACAUGAGAUGAUUGAGAACGGUUACUAUGAGGAGACGGACGGACCGGUUUAUGUUAACGGGGUGCCAGGUGAGGAAGACGGAUGUGUGGAUGGGGGUGCAGAGGGAAGGAACCUCUUUUAUGAGCACUUGGGAUUGGAACAGCUCCAGGAAACAUACGCCCCCUCAGCUGCCCUGCUGGCACGGCCUACUGGACCAGCACCAAUCAGGAAUGACAUGUGCUGGUACAAGAGCGCCCCCACUGCUCAGAUGAAAGCGUUUGUGCAAGCGAAAGAGGAGUUAAAACAACUAAAGUUGCCAGGUUUCCUGUACAGUGAGGUGGCAGAACUGGCUUCUACUGUGCCGUAUUUCAGUCUGGAUGAGGAUGAGAGCUGUGAUGAGGGCAUACACCUCAUAGUGUGUGUACAUGGCCUGGACGGCAACAGUGCCGAUCUGCGGCUGGUGAAGACUUACCUGGAGCUCGGUUUACCUGGUGCUCGCAUAGACUUCCUAAUGUCAGAGCGCAACCAGAAUGACACGUUUGCUGAUUUUGAGUCGAUGACCGACAGGCUUUUGGAUGAAAUAGUGCAGUACAUACAAAUCUACAAUCUCACAGUUUCAAAGAUAAGUUUUGUGGGUCACUCUCUGGGAAAUCUGAUCGUCCGCUCGGUGCUGACGAGGCCCAGGUUCAAGUGUUAUCUCAGCAGACUACACACGUUUCUUUCUCUGUCUGGACCUCAUCUUGGCACACUGUACAACAGCUCAGCCCUCGUCAAUACAGGGUUGUGGUUUAUGCAGAAGUGGAAGAAAUCUGGCUCGCUCUUGCAGCUGACCUGUCGGGACCACUCGGAUCCACGCCAGACUUUCCUCUAUAAGCUGAGCAAGAAAGCAGGUCUUCAGUUCUUUAAGAAUGUGGUGCUGGUGGGAUCUCUGCAGGACCGAUAUGUUCCAUAUCACUCUGCUCGAAUCGAAAUGUGCAAAACAGCCUUAAAGGACAAACAGACUGGUCCAGUGUAUGCUGAGAUGAUAGAGAACCUUCUACUUCCUGUACUUCAGAACAAAGACUGUAACCUGGUGCGUUAUGACGUCAUCCAUGCGUUACCCAACACUGCCAACUCUCUGAUAGGCCGGGCAGCUCACAUUGCCGUCCUGGACUCUGAGAUUUUCCUGGAGAAGUUCUUCCUGGUGGCAGGACUCAAGUUUUUCCAGUAGCCUCCUAGGUCGGAAGAAUCCAGAGCGAAUACCUCACUCCAAAUUGACUUUUUUCGACCAUUUUUAUGAUUUGUUUUUUCACGGUUAUAUGUAUGCUUGUGGAGGUAAAGCAAAAAUAUAUCAGUGUUAUUUUUGUUUCUACUUAGCCUGUUGUGAAUGUGGAAUUUAUAAUUUUCAUUUUUCAACGGCCAUUUUUUAAAGAAUAAUUUUAAUUUCCUAUUCAUCUUUAAGAAACUCUAUCCUCCUUAUGGUAUUAUUUUCAGUGUUACUUAUGUCAAACAUUACUUUUUACCAUUUUUGUUUAGCGAUUCAUUCUAGUAAACUAUCUUAUACUAAACUGGAAAUGUAGCUGCUAAAAGAAGAAUGAAAUAUUUAUUUGGGGUGGAGAUUCGGGUCUUCAAGGUGAAAGCACGUUCAAUUGAACAUUGGUGUCCGAGUUGGCUUGCAUCUGACCUGCAUACAUUUUUCUAUCAAAUUGCCAUUUGACUACAUUUUUUACAAAACAAUUUUUUUUAAUACCACGUCAAAGGUUUCCCGAACAUGUGAUUGUAGCUAAAACAAAGCAGCCUUGGACUGUGUUGGUUUUAUACGAUGUCUCUGGUGCCCAUUGCAUUGUCAUGCACAAUUUAAACCCAGCCUGGUGUUGGGUGGAAAACACACGCUUGGCAUGUUAGUGUUUUAAUUUAAGUAUGGGGAAUACUGGUAACUAGUUAACUGGGGUUGGGUGUGGAUUAGACGGUUAGUUGAGUUUAAUCGGCACAAAAAAACUGCAAACGGACCACAUGGUUCUGGGAAAGUAUUUAUGUUUGGUUUCCUGUGGAGGAAUUAAUUGAUGCUUGUGUGCAAAAAAACACUUUAAAUAAAACAUUAAAUUUAUUUUGUUUUUGUUAAAAUGGUUUUGUAUACAUUUCAUGAAAUGGAUUCGCAAUAAAUGUCUUCUCUUAUAACAGAAAU